CUUGGAUUGAAGUGGUCUCAGAGAUAAGCCCAACCCGAUAAAACCGAAAACACAUCAGAGCUUCACUUUAGCCCUUGUAUCUUUGAGUUGCACUGAUCUCAACGCUCUGCCGGAAACGCAGCCGGAGUUGAUCGUCAGCCGCCACAAUCAUCGACAAAGCUAGCUGCUAGCCAAGGAGAGGGAGGAGAGACAAAGAGAGAAGAAUCAUGAGGCCCAUUCUGAUGAAAGGCCACGAGAGGCCAUUAACAUUUCUCAAGUACAACAGGGAUGGAGAUCUUCUCUUUUCCUGCGCUAAAGACCACAACCCCACUGUAUGGUAUGCUGAUAACGGUGAACGUCUGGGCACUUAUCGUGGUCAUAAUGGUGCUGUUUGGUGCUGUGAUGUCUCUAGAGAUUCGGGCCGACUCAUUACAGGUAGUGCUGACCAGACGGCGAAGCUAUGGAAUGUGCAAACUGGCCAGCAAUUGUUCACAUUCAAUUUUGAUUCCCCUGCACGGUCUGUUGACUUUUCUGUCGGUGAUAAGCUUGCAGUUAUCACCACUGACCCAUUCAUGGAACUGACUUCAGCAAUCCAUGUCAAACGCAUUGCUAAAGAUCCCGCAGAUCAGACUGGGGAAUCUUUGCUUGUCCUUAAGGGCCCUCAGGGAAGAAUCAAUAGAGCUAUAUGGGGGCCCCUCAACAGAACCAUUAUCAGUGCUGGAGAAGACUCUAUCAUUCGAAUUUGGGAUUCUGAGACCGGAAAUCUACUUAAGGAGUCGGACAAGGAAUCUGGCCAUAAAAAGGCAAUAACAUCACUCGCCAAAUCUGCUGAUGGUUCACAUUUCAUAACUGGCUCCCUUGAUAAGUCUGCUAAGAUUUGGGAUAGCAGAACACUGUCUCUAAUCAAGACAUAUGUAACAGAACGCCCUGUCAAUGCAGUUGCGAUGUCACCUCUUCUUGAUCAUGUGGUACUUGGAGGUGGUCAGGAUGCAUCAUCUGUUACAACUACUGAUCAUCGUGCUGGCAAAUUUGAAGCAAAGUUCUAUGAUAAGAUUCUCCAAGAAGAAAUUGGAGGCGUAAAAGGGCAUUUUGGACCGAUCAAUGCUCUAGCCUUUAACCCUGACGGAAAAAGUUUUUCAAGUGGAGGUGAAGAUGGAUACGUACGUUUGCAUCAUUUUGACGCAGAUUAUUUCAAUAUCAAAAUUUAGUCAUUGAGUGAAUUUCUGGUUGAUAUAAAGUCUGCUUCCUAGAAGUUUUAGCUUUCAAUUCCUUUCACAUAAAAUAUUUGUGAAGCUGUUUUGUACUAAAGUUGUUGCUGCUAAUCCUAUUGCAGUAACAUUAUGAAUGAAUAUCUUAAGAUUUUCAUACAACAUCACUUGAUUUGGCACUUGAACUUAGAAACUCGAAACAUUUUGUCCCUCAGUUUUUUUUGUUUUCA